GUGAGUGCGGUGCUUGUAUACAUCCUGAAUUGUGUUUGGGCAGCAGGGAAUCAUCUUGACCAGUGUGACUCUCUGAUGCUGUCACAGACCCCGGCCUGCCGACGUGGCGGGGCGGAAGAAGAGCCGCUGGCUGGCACCAAACGGGAUACCAUGUCUCAGGCUGUUCCUUCUGAUCCAGAGCCGUGCUCCAACAGCGGGCCUCCGUCAGAACAUGCUCCCCAUGCCGAUCCUGUUCAGGAUGAUUCAACACUUCUUGAAAAACCAACAGCUAUACUGGAGCCGGUUCUCCCCACAGAGAGCGGAGACUUUCCUGAUUCAGCUGUGAAGACGGCGCAGGUGGAAGCUACAACCAAAGUUGAAGCCCCCGAGGCUCCGUCAGAGGCUCCUGUUGAGGAUCAGGUGGUUGAAUGCGACCAAGCAUUGAGCCUGGAGCCAGAUCCAGAGAGCUUGGAGGAGGAGAAGACAUCAGUCCAGCAGAAAGAACAGGGGUGGGGAGGCUGGAGUACCUGGGGGAAAUCACUUCUAAGCAGUGCCACCUCCAGCGUUGGGCACAGCCUGACAACUGUUAAGGUGAAGGCAGGGGAGGCUCUUCGACUCCACAAGACUUCUGUAGGAGAGGAGGCGCUAGAGGAGGUGGAUGAGGGAGAAGGGGAGAAGAAAGAUGGAGGAGGAGAUCCUGACAGAUCCAGCUCAGAGGAGUCGUCUCCUGCAAGCACUGCUCCUGCUGCAUCAUCCGGCAGGGGGGUUUUCUCCACAAUCACACACGCUGUACAGAACACUGGUAAGUCAGUCAUCAGCGGAGGCCUGGAUGCCUUGGAGUUCAUCGGUAAGAAGACCAUGAAUGUUUUGGCCGAGAGUGACCCGGGUUUUAAAAAGACAAAGACUCUGAUGCAGAAGACCGCCUCUCUGAGUCAGAUGCUGAGGGAAGCCAAAGAAAAGGAGCGUGCACGUCUAAGCAACCAGCCGCUGAGCGCUCCCACAGCUCACUACGGCAUUCUCUUUGAUGACUACCAGGGUCUGUCCCACCUCGAAGCCCUGGAGAUCCUGUCCAACGAGAGCGAGGCCAAAGUCCAAGCAUUCCUCUCCUCCCUCACAGAGGAGGAGCAGGAGGAAGUGAAGAAGGAGCUGAUUUUUAUUAAAGAGAUAUUCAUCAAGCAAGAUGAAGAACAAGAGGGGGAGGAAACCGGAGGAGAGACGAAGGAUAACGGUGAUCUAAGUUCCCAAAUACACUGUUCCACCCCCAUAUCUGCUGAUGGGGAGGAGUUUGUUAGUGUUCUGACUGAGCUGCUGUUUGAACUUCAUGUUGCUGCGACGCCAGACAAACUCAACAAGGCUCGUUUGAGAGCCCAUGAAUGGGUGAACAAGGUAGAGCAGCCAGGAGGAGAAGCAUUUUCUGCAGAGAGCAGAGAAGAUCAGAAUGAUGAUGACCAGAACACAGAGGAAGAGAAGAAAACGAAUGAGGAGGAGCGACAUGAUGACAAGAGGAGCGUUGAGGGAGAAGAAGCAAAAGAUGGUGACCUCCGAACUGUAGAGGCCAUCUACCUGUCAUCAGUGGGCAGUCUGGCUGAAGUGACGGCUCGCAGUAUCGAACAGCUCCACAAGGUGGCAGAGCUCAUCCUUCAUGGCCAGGAGCAGGAGAAACCUGCCAGGGAUCAAGCACAAAUCCUUACCAAGUUGACAUGUGCCAUGUGUAAGGAGGUAGACUGUUUGACCAAGAGGUUCUCUGGUUCACUUCUUCUGCUCGGGGCCCAAAGGAAAGCAGAGGAGCUAAAUCCACUUGUAGACAGUGUCCUGCAGGAGGGAACCAACAGCACCAACUACAUCCAUAAUGCAUUUCAGCUGCUGCUGCCAGUCCUGCAGAUCUCCCACAUCCAGAGCCAACAACGCCAACCUGCUGCAGAGCCAACAGCACAGCUGCAGCACUGACAUCCUUAGUGCAUCUGCUUGUCCUAAUGUACAGCUGUAAAGUAAUGCAAACUAUUCAGUGCUUAAAUGUGCCGUGACACAGGAGAAACGUGACUGACAGAAUAAAAAUUCUUGAAGGAAACAGAUAAAUUAUUAACAUAUAAGAAAGGCACAGAUGCAGAUGUGUUUAUCCGCUUCUUACUGAAGUAACAACCUGUCUGUUUUACAGGUAAGAUUCGUACUUGAUGAGGUUACACUUCUUUAGUUCCAUAAAGUUGUUCUGGGGGAAAGGCUCAGAUCACAUCUUUCUCAUCAUUAAUGGGCUUUUAUUUUAGUUCUCACUAAGACUUGAUGCUGCCCACCAGCUUUUGCUGACUUUUCUUAAACAAUAUAUUAUAUAGCUUAACUCAUCUGGAAACCAUCAAAUAAAAACAGAACUGAAGGAGAUUGAUAUGUCAAAGCAAUGCUGUACCAAUGCAUUAAUCAAUUUCUGAUUAUGAGUCUAUCAUUGCUUAGUAUUGUCCUCUUUCCCCUUAAUCUGUAGUUAAAUGACGGGUUUGUGCGACAUUUAAAAAAGUAUGUUUUUUUGUUGUUGAAAAACUAAAAACAAGACUGAUAAAGUAUUUUAUUAAAAUUAAUCAAUCUUCAUAAUUCUUACAUUCAUUACAAAAAUAGGAAUGUCAGCUCCUUUGCCCUUUUCCUCCGGUUUAAAAUUAAAAGGUAGCAUUACUGAAAAUAUUGCCUUUUUUUGUUUUGUUUUUGUUCAAGUUGCUUUAACUUUAUUUUGAUGUUAAAUUAUAUCAAUGCAACACUAUCAUUUAUUUUGUUAAGCUCAGUGUAUGGGUUUUAUCCCCAUAUUAUAUCCACUGAAUGUGUAAAAACACUCUUUAAAUGUUUUCUUUUUUUUGUGCUGCUGAAAAUAAAUA